CCUCUUAAAUCUGAUUGGCUGUUCGCUCAAAGCAGAGUCAUGUGACUAGCAGUCCCACGAAACAGAAGCAGGAAGAACACAAACAGAUCCAGGAUGACAGCGGCCCUCCUGUGUUUCCUGCUGGCUGGUCCAGUGCUGCUGGUUGCUGGAAGCCCAGUUUAUAAAUCCAACAAUGAUACCGUACCACUGGUGCUGUGGCAUGGGAUGGGCGACAGCUGUUGUAACCCGCUCAGCAUGGGGAGUAUAAAGAAGAUGAUUGAGGAGGAGGUCUCUGGCAUUUAUGUGCUCUCGCUGAUGAUCGGGAAGAAUGUGGUUCAGGACACAGAAAAUGGCUUUUUCAUGGAUGUGAAUGAGCAGGUGUCCAUGGUGUGCAGUCAGCUGGCCCAGGACCCAAAGUUGAAGGGAGGAUACAAUGCCAUGGGCUUCUCCCAGGGAGGACAGUUUCUAAGAGCCGUGGCUCAGCGCUGCCCCUCUCCACCAAUGAAAAACUUGAUCUCCAUCGGGGGCCAGCACCAAGGAGUGUACGGGCUGCCCAGGUGUCCCGGAGAAAGCUCCAACAUCUGUGACAUGAUACGCAAAGCUCUGAACAAUGGAGCUUACACCGACUUGGUUCAAAAGCACUUGGUUCAGGCCCAGUACUGGCACGACCCCUUAAACGAUGGCCUGUACAAGAAGCACAGCCUCUUUCUGGCCGACAUCAAUCAGGAGAGGGCUGUAAAUGAGACUUACAGGAAGAAUCUUCAGCUGCUGGACAAGUUCGUCAUGGUCAAGUUCCUGCAGGACACGGUGGUGGAUCCUGUCGAUACAGAGUGGUUCGGCUUCCUGAAAACGGGCCAGGCCAAAGAGACUGAAACUCUACAGGAGAGCGUUCUCUACAAAGAGGACCGUCUGGGCCUGGCAGCGAUGGACAAAGCUGGAAAGCUAGCUUUUCUGGCAAGCCAAGGAGACCACCUGCAGUUCACAAGAGAGUGGUUCCAUGCAAACCUGCUGCCUUAUUUGCACUGAAACACUUCAGUCAGUCAUAGAGGAGUAAAUCUAACUAGACUUCACCAACUAUUCUGUUUCAGGAGUAAUAAACUUCCAGUCAAUAAUAAAAGCUUGCUAACUUGAGCAGGAAUGCAAAAAGCACAUCAUUCAUUCCUUUUGCACUGAUCACUUGUAGUAUUUUGUUUUGUUAUGGUAACUUUAGCAGCAAUCUUUUUUAACUGCAUUGCCAAUACAGUUAUUUCCCCUGUUAGGUGUUCUGAUUAGGUGAUAUAGUUGUCAGAAAUGUUGAAUUGAGACUUUUUUGUUCUUAUGUAUGUUAUUUAAAUGAAUGUGUACAGAUUUCAUUUUAAAUCCAAUAAAGACAAACAGAGAGAUGCU